AUGGAACCUGUCAACAAAUCAGGAAAACGGAGACGAGGGGAAUGUAGAAAUCGGAAGGUGACCCACAAAGCUCCCCCAGAGGGGCAGAUGUUUCCAGAUGUUGGGAGCCAAGAAGAGCUGGAUCUGUACAGUGUGAAUAGACAGGGUCUUUCAGCGCUGCACAUGGCCUGCCUUUACGGCCAGCUGGCUACCAUUCAGCUGCUGGUGGAGUCCAGGCAAGGGGAGGUCAACAGCAGCGAUAAUCAGGGUCGCCGGCCUGUUCACAUGGUCCUGUCCCCCCAGAGCUCACCCAACACCGCCUCGUGCCUCAUUUGCCUGCUGGAGCACGGGGCUGACAUCAACACUACCACAGAUUCAGGGGAGACCCCGCUGCACCUGGCCGCCGCUGAAGGCCUCCUGAGCUGCACAGAGACCCUCAUGCAGGCCGGAGCCGAUGCGCUGGCCCGGGACAGCAUGGGACAAACUCCUCUGGAUUUGGCCCGCAUCUGGUGCCACAGGGAGGUGGCAAGGUAUCUGAAAAGCUGCAUGUGGCAAACUGAUAAGAAGAAAGAAAUGCAGGAGAGGAAGCUGGGUCAAACUUUAUACAUUGAUCUCAUGGAUAUGGUCAAAUUAAAUAAAAUCAAUAAAAAGACAGUUAUAGAUGAGAAAAUGACAGAGUGGGCGAACCAAAAAGGUCUUCCUCUCCUGAAGGAAUUCUCCCCCAGAGUCUUGGUGAGCCAGUACCACACCCAGUGCCUCGGUUCUGAUCCAAAACACCAGCCAGGAGGUCAUCUGGAGGACAAAAACAUCCCCACUAAGCAACCUCCAGCCUCCUCCCCUGGACCCUGGACCAUCUUCACGGGCCUCCAACCAGAAAAGCCCCUCAGGGAGCCGGACCUCCGGGACAAAGUGACGGUGCUGGGGGGCAGCCGGCAGCCUCAGUACACCACCCAGUGGGACAGCAGACGCCACCCCGCCCCCGACCUGCCUCUGGAUGUCCUCCAGAGGGUGUUGUUCCCCAGAGCCUUCCCUUCCAGGAUCGCCUCCCCACGGUACUUUGAGCCAAAGGACAUUGUGGAGGUCCAGCACAGAGGAUACCCCCAGGGGCGGAGCACCUCCCCCUGGACAGAGGUGGCCAUGCACUUGGCUGAAGUGCUGGAGCCCGGACAUUACUGAACAAAGGAAGAGCUUAAACAACACCUGCAUUAGUAAAUGUCUGAAAGGAAUGGAUUAAAAAUAUCCAUUAUGUAAACUUGAUGGUAGAUAACAUGCCAUCAAAUGAUCUGAACAAAUAUAAUUAUUGUGCUUAGGAGGAUUCUAUUUUAGGAAAUGUUUUGUAAGGACAUCUAGCAGUGUCCUCUAUGUAAUCUCACUUCGAGUUGAAACAGUCUCAACAGUAGACCUUCCCUAACACAAAAUCCCCCUCCCCCCUCCUAGACUUCAAGCCCAGUGACAAAAUUAAAAAUGCCACACACCCCAGAUGCUGCGCCUCCAAACGCGGGGUGAAAGGAGGGGUGAGUGAAAGGUGAGAAAACCUCAGUGAACUGGGUCACCUGUCUCAGAUGAGUCCCUGCACUUUCUCUGCUCCCCCCAGGGAACUGACUCGGGGUCCAGGUGAGGGCUUGUCAACAGCGUGUGUGUGUGACUGGGAGCUGUGGCCUGUCAGCUAAAGGUGUGGGUGUGUGGUUGUUUUGUCUUUUUAGCUUUACUUCACAACUCAGUGGGGGUCAAAGUGCACACUAGCCUCAACCUCACUGUGACCGAGACACAUGGGACCUGGAUAACACCAGCUAGACUGACUGCCACACACACACACACAUUUUUAGACAGUGAAGUUCAGGGUGUAACAGGAAAAUCCAUCGUACUACACAUUUUAUUUAACAUUAAAUAAGUGAAGAUUUAAUUGGAAAUGUUGAGGAUCUAUUUUUCCGUGAAAA